CGCUCACUUGUUUCAACUUUUCUUCGCUUCUCCCUCGAGCCUUGCGUUCAUUUCUCGCAUGCGAUCUCUCGCCUGAGGUUGCAGCGACAUUUUUGUGCACCGAGGUUCGGACGGCACGCGCCACGUUUCCGAUGACGGUGUUCUCUGGCAGGCAGGUGGUCCCUGUCGACUACGAGGCGGAGGUCUCGCAGCGCCUCCUGGAAGCAGUCCUUGCCGGUGAUCUUAGAUCCGCUUUGGAAUGCAUUGCCGAUCCGCUCGUGGACGUGAACUUCGUUGGUGCCGUUUCGUUGAAAACGAGGAAGACGGAGGUCGUUUUGCGGGAUGAAUCGGCAAGCGAGGUCCGCGUGGAGUACGAGGAGUUUAAAACCGACGUCACUGCGCUGUUCCUCGCUGUACACGUCGGAAGUGUGGCUCUUGUGAAGCAGCUUUUGAGUGUAGGAGCUGAUGUGAAUCAGAAACUCUUCAAGGGAUUUGCUACAACAGUAGCGGUGAGGGAGGGCCACCUUGAUAUUCUGGAGAUCUUGCUUAAGGCUGGGGCUUCUCAGCAUGCUUGUGAGGAAGCUUUGUUGGAGGCAAGCUGCCAUGGGUGGGCAAGGCAUGCAGAACUUCUCCUGGGAUCUGAUUUAAUCCGGCCCCAUGUUGCCAUUCAUGCUCUUGUUACAGCAUGUUGCAGAGGGUUUGUGGAUGUUGUGGACACUCUAAUGAAGUGUGGAGUUGAUGCAAGUGCAACUGACAGGCAGUUGCUGCAGUCGUCUAGACCUUCAUUGCACACAAAUGUGGAUUGUACUGCACUUGUUGCAGCCGUGGUUAGUAGGCAGGUUUCUGUGGUUCGCCUGCUACUACAGGCUGGUGUCCCCACUGACAUAACAGUACGACUAGGAGCAUGGUCAUGGGAUGUGACUACGGGUGAAGAGUUUCGAGUGGGUGCUGGACUGGCUGAGCCCUAUGCCAUCACAUGGUGUGCUGUGGAAUAUUUUGAAGAUAGUGGUGUCACCUUACGAAUGCUUCUCCGGCACAUCUCCCUUGACAUUCCUCAUUGUGGAAGAACCCUCCUGCACCAUGCAAUCCUCUGUGGUAAUGCAGGUGCUGUCAACGUGCUUUUAAAUUGUGGUGCCAAUGUAGAAUGCCCAGUUAAAACGGCCAGCAAAACUGAGUUUCGUGCUGUACACAUUGCUGCUCGUCUUAAUUUACCAGCAGUUCUUCAAUCCCUAAUUAAUUCUGGUUGUGAUCUAAACGCCAGUACGGAUUCCGGAGACACAGCUUUGAUGAUCUGUGCAAGAUAUAAGCAUGGAGAAUGUUUGAGUGGCUUGGCCAAAGCUGGUGCUGACUUUGGCCUAGUUAAUAUUGAUGGUCAGUCUAUAAGCUCAAUCGCUAGAACAAAUCGGUGGUGCCUUGGAUUUCAGCAAGCAGUGCUGGAAUCAAUCAAGGUUGGAAAGAUUCCCCAAUCUAGCAAUGCAUCAGUUUUCUCUCCACUAAUGUUUGUAGCUCAAGCUGGUGAUAUUGAGGCUCUGAAAGCUCUCAUUGGGUUGGCAGGAAUGAAUCUUGAUUAUCAGGAUGAAAAUGGUUUCUCGGCAGUCAUGAUUGCUGCCUUAAAGGGUCAUGUUGAAUCGUUCCGUAUACUGGUUUACGCAGGGGCUGAUGUUAAGCUACUUAAUAAAUCCGGGGAGAAUGCCCUCACCCUGUCUGAACUGAACCAGAACCGUGAGCUGUUUGAGAAGGUGUUACUUGAAUUUGCAAUUGAAAAGGGCACUCGUAAUGCUGGAGGAUUCCAUGCAUUACAUUGUGCUGCUCGACGAGGUGACUUGGAUGCAGUAAAAUUGUUGACAAGGAAAGGCUAUGAUGUAAAUGUCUCCGAUGGUGAUGGCUACACUCCACUUAUGUUAGCAGCAAGGGAAGGCCAUGGUUCCAUGUGUGAGCUCUUGAUCUCACACGGAGCCAAUUACGAGAUAAAAAAUGCCAAAGGUGAAACUGCUCUCUCACUUGCAAAGAACAGUAAGAAUGUUACUGGGAAAAAUGAUGCAGAAUGCGUUCUCCUGGACGUACUUGCUCGGAAGUUGGUUCUCGCAGGUGGCCAUGUAAUGAAGCACACAAAGGGUGGAAAAGGACGUCCGCAUCGUAAACUCAUUAAAAUGGUCGAGUCUACAGGUGUGCUGCAAUGGGGAAAGUCGAGUCAGCGAAAUGUGAUAUGCCGGGAGGCAAGGGUUGGACCAAGCCCGAUGUUUGCGAGGAACAGGCAGCAUAGGGGUGAUGCUAACGAACCUGGGUUAUUCCAGGUUGUCACCACCGUAAACAAGGAGAUACAUUUUGUAUGUGAAGGUGGGCUAGAAACAGCCAAGCUAUGGGUCAGAGGCAUAAAGCUUAUAACCAGAGAAGCUAUAUUUGGUAACCAGAGAUAAAAGUGAUGCCCACAUUUGAGGCUCUCUUUAGGACGAAUAUAGGAUAUUCGAAGUACUUCAUCUUGAAGUAGUUUGAACAAAUGCUUGUAAAGAUUUUGAUCUCGCCUAGAUGUAAAUGCUAUCCUGUCUAAA